AAGUGGCCAGGCUUUUAAUAACUGUCUUAUUGAUUUAAAUGAAAAUGAUACCCUAUAUAAGAAUGUCCUCUAUAAUAACUUGCUCGAUUAUUCUUUUGUUGAAACUAGUACGAUAUUUAAAGUUUGCUGCAACGUAACGCUAUGCUACUCCGAUGAUAUAAACACCGGUUGUAAUUUUCCAGGCGGAAGUAAAGGCUUUAUUUGUUCAAGAAUUGCUCAGUCUGUAUUUUGUCAUAAUGGUUUAUGUGGCGGUAUUGUUGGCGAUGUUCAAAUAACCAGCAAUACUACUUUCGGAUACUGCCCAUUUGAAAACAUUAGCGUUGCAAUAAAUUAUUUAUCAAAUUUUUCUCCUACCGGUCUUUCUGGUUUAAAUAAAGGCUAUGCACAUUUUACUUGCCCAAAGAACACCGCAUGUCAAGAUUAUUUGUUCAACUGGGAUAACGGUGGUUGGACAUUUUCUAAUAAUUAUGAUUCUAUUUAUCGUGAUUUAUACAACAUAACUAAUAAAUGUUAUUUGCAAUGGCCUGCACCUUUUCCAAGCAACACGACUACUACAAAUCAAA